AUGGUCUAUAAUCUAGCGUACGCGAAGAAACUAGAACUCCUGAAGAAAGGUAUCAGCACAAGGGACAGCAUCUGGGAUAAGAUGGUGUUCAACAAGAUCCAGGAACAGAUUGGCGGUCGAGUUUCACUCAUGCUCACUGGGUCAGCGCCUAUUUCUGCUGAAGUACUCGAGACGUGUCGUGUCGCAAUGGGUGCCGUGAUUAUGGAAGGUUACGGUCAGACCGAAUGCACAGCAACGGCGACAAUCUCGUGGCCUACAGAUUGGAAGGGUGGUCAUUGCGGUGGUGUAGCGCCAUGCUGCAAUAUCAAGCUGAUAGAUGUACCGGAUCUCAACUACUACGCUAAAGAUGGGAAAGGAGAAAUCAUGAUCCGCGGGCCAAGCGUAACAAAGGGCUAUUACAAGGACCCAGAGAAGACAGCCGAACUCUUCGAUGACCAAGGAUUCCUACACACGGGUGACAUCGGAGAAAUGUUACCCAAUGGCACUAUUCGCAUAAUCGACCGUAAGAAGCACAUUUUUAAGUUGGCACAGGGAGAGUACGUUGCACCGGAAAAGAUCGAGAACACCUACAUUCGUACCCCCGUUAUUCAACAAAUAUUUGUGGAUGGUAAUAGCUUAGAAAGAUAUCUGAUAGCCAUAGUCGUUCCUGAACCGAAAAUAAUGGAGGAGUGGAAUGCUGAACACGGAGCGCCAAAUCGAACGCUCGAACAGAUCUGCUCUGAUAAAAAGGCCUGUGAUUACGUGCUAUCACAAUUAGUUCAAGUCGGUAAAGAAAAUAAGCUCAAUUCUAUGGAACAGGUAAAACGGAUAUACCUCGAGGCGGAACCGUUUAGUGUGGAGAACGGCCUGCUGACACCCACGCUCAAAGCAAAACGCCCACAAUUACGGCUAAAGUACAAGGAUGUUAUAGAGAGGAUAUAUCGGGGAAAAUAA